AUGUCAUUUUCUUUGACUGCGUCAAAUCCUACCGUGGUAAAAACUUCAAAGGGCGAAGAUAAAAUAAUUUGCGUAGAAUUUAAAGUGCCAGAAUAUAACCGAGAUGCAUCUUUUAGUCUUGCAAAAUAUUCUUUUCGUGCAAAAUCAGAAAAUCCCGAUAUUGAUGAAGGAUGGAUUGUUUAUAGAAAUGAUGAAAGUUUUCUAACUGUUGGGAAAGGAUAUGUGGUCGUUAAAGGGAAAUAUUGUGGUAUUUGCUCAACUGAUUUGGCUAGACGAUUUUUGCCUUUCGAAUUGCCACAGAUUAUCGGGCAUGAAGCUGUUGCUAUACACCAAUCUAAACCCGUUGUAAUAGAAAUUAACGCAUCACAUUUUGCUCGUGGCAUUACAAAUGAAUCAACUUGUCCUUUUUGUAACAAUGGAUUGUCCACUCAAUGUCCAGAUCGUAUAACUUUGGGAAUAAAUCAACAACCUGGUGGUUUGGCUCCUUAUAUCCUUGCACCUAUAAAUGCCAUUGUACCAAUUCCUGAUAAUUUAGGUUUAAAAGCAUCGAUAUUAGUGGAACCUUUUGCAGCCGCUCUACAUGCUGUUGAAACAACACCGCCAAGUAAUGGUCAUGAGGUUGCUGUCUUGGGACCUCGUAAAUUAGGAAUAUUAAUUCUUGCGGCUUUAUAUAGUUAUCGAAAAAAAUACAAUAUUGAUUUUACUACAACGGCUAUUUUUCAUAAAGAUCCACCACCACAACCACUUUCUGAUCUUGCGCAACAAUUUGAUGCACAAAUUACCACAUCAUCAUCUUUGUUUCCCGACCAAAAAUUUGAUAUUAUCUUUGACACCACAGGUUCCCCGGAAGGUUUCUUACACGCGAUAAAGCUAUGUAAAAAAAUUCUUCAUUUGAAAUCAACUCAUGGACGAGAAGUUUGUGGAGUGAGACGAAUGACAGAUCUUGUGGUUGAAGAAUUCUCAUUGUUAAGAUUUGAACAAAAGAGUUUAGGGUUCAGUUGGCCUGGAGAAAUUUUAGGCAAACGAAGGAAUCCUAACGUUUUCGUUAGCCCAUCUGUUGAUGAAAAGGUUGUUAAAUCGAUUAAAGAUACUGGAAGGAACGUGAUUAUUCUGGAAAUCACACAUGCUCUAGAAUACGUUAAGCAAUGGAUCGAACAGUCAAGAUCAGGAAAAAUUGAGGAUGAAAACUUGACAAAGUCACCGGUACCAAGAUUUGAUUUGGCUGUUGUUGGUAAAAUUGAGGAGGUUGAUUCUAUUAUAAGACCUAAUGAUAGCGAGGAAAUUUCUAUCCUUCGUCCUCGCGGAGCCAUUCUUUACGCACCAUCUUUAUCAGUGAAAGAAGAUAAUAUAUCAAAAGAAAUGAAUCUACUUAAGAAAGCGCUUCAAGAAGAUAAUAUUCAAAUUUGGUCAACUAGAUGUGGUAAUCUUUCAAAUUCUAUAGAAAUGUUAUCUUCAAACGAGAAUAUUACUAAAAUUUUAGAAGAAAAAAUGAUAUCAAGAGAGAUAAAAUUACAAGAUAUCAGAGAUGGAUUUAGUCUUGCAGCUAGUGAAAAUAUUAUUAAAGUUGUUGUAGAUGUUGAGUGUUGA